AUGUCUCGUUUGGUAGGAUUGCUUAUCAACGCCAGAAGUCCAAGUACUUGUAUAUUUCUUCUAUUCGCCAGCCUGGUGCUAUAUCUCAUCGGCAAGAUAACAUAUAAUAUUUUCUUCCAUCCUCUUCGCAAAUUUCCAGGCCCCAUUCUAUGGUCUAUGACACAAAUACCUUUCUCCCUAGCAUGGACUUCCGGCGCUGGUCACAAGAAAAUAUACGACUUGCACCAAAUCUAUGGCGAUAUCGUUCGUGUCGCCCCCAAUGAACUUAGCUUCGGCUAUCCGGAGGCCUGGGAAGACAUUAUGGGCCAUCGAAAACGUGGACAGGCCGAAAAUGGAAAGGAUCCCGAUUUCUGGAGAGGCAAUGACAUCUACACUCUGGUAGGGUCUGAUCGUGAGAGGCAUAGUAGGCUCCGAAAGAUCUUGUCGCACGGAUUCUCUGCACAGGCCAUGAUGGAACAGCAACCAAUCUUCCAACGCUACGUGAACCUGACGAUGAAGAAGCUAAGAGAAGCUUCGUCGAGCGGCCAAUCUGUUGAGAUGACUCAGUGGCUUAACUGGGCUACUUUCGACAUGGCGGGAGAUCUGAUCUUUGGCGAGUCCUUCGGUUGUCUCGAAAAGGUAGAGUAUCACUCAUGGGUGAAACUUCUGUACAAACACAUCGAAGGUUUUGCUGUGUCUACAGCCUUGAUUAGAUAUCCCUUCGCCGACACCAUCAUUAAGCUCAUGACCCCCAAACAUGUCGCUCGAGACAUCAAAGCCCACAGUGAUUUCACAAAGGCACAAGUUGGAAAGCGUAUGGCUUAUGAAAACCCCCGACCGGACUUUAUGGAGUCAAUGAUAAGAGCGUACGAGAAAGGUCAUGUCAAUCAUGCAGAGCUCCUCGCCAACGCGCAUAACUUGAUCAUCGGCGGCUCGGAGACAACUGCAACCACUCUUGCAGGCACUAUAUAUCUGUUGGCUACACACAGACCAAUCCUGAUGAAGCUCUAUGCAGAAAUAAAGGAGCGGUUCCAGAGCGAAGAUGAGAUUGAUCUUCUCAGUGUUCAAAAGCUCGAAUACAUGUUUGCAGUCUUGCACGAGGGACUUCGCGUUUACCCAGCUGUACCAGCCGCAAUCCCUCGUAAGACAAGCGAAGCGGGCAUGAUAGGCAAACACUACGUUCCAGCCGAUACCAUCGUUUCCAUUUGGCCGUGGCCCAUGUUUCACAACCCCAAGUUCUUCAAGGAUGCCGAGGUCUUUGUACCUGAGAGAUGGCUUGGCGAUCCCAAAUAUGCGGACGAUAAAAGAGUUGCAGUGCAGCCCUUCUCUGUUGGCCCCCGGAACUGCAUCGGUAAAAAUCUGGCCUACGCCGAGAUGCGCCUGAUCCUUGCUAAAUUGAUAUGGAACUUUGACAUCGAUCUUGACUCUCGUAGCGAGGGAUGGUUGGGAAAGAACACUGCGUUCCUUCUCUGGGAAAAGCCAGAACUCUGGGUUCGCCUCACUCCGCGAUCUGAUAUCUAG